GUGUGCGUGUGGUGUGUGUGUGUGUGUGUGUCACGGUGUGUGUGCGCGAUAGAAGAUGGCGUAAAGCUCCUUGAGCUGGUGGUGUGCUGUUCGAUUGCUUCGAGCUUUGAGAAGACUACCCCGUUACCGCGUCGAACUGUGACUGACCUCGACCAUCGUUUGUGUGAUUUGACCGCUCUUCCAAGCCAUGAGCAUGAGUGUGGACGCGUACGGCCCGAGCUCGCAAACCCUGACGUUCCUCGACACCGAGGAAGCCACGGACUUGCUGGGCGCCGACACGCAGGGUUCGGAAUUCGAUUUCACCGACUUCACGCUGCCGUCACAGACGCAGGCGUCUCAGGUGGACGGCGCACAGACGCAGGGAGGCUCCAGAGGUGGACAGCUGCCAGGCCCCAACUCCGAGGUCUCUCUGGGCAACGGACUGGACGCAGUGGCCGCAACGGGCCAAGUCUUGGGCGAGCUCACCUUUGAAGAGGACGAGGAAGACCAGUACUACAGCAAGGACCUCCCCGACCACGCGUGCAAGUACUGCGGCAUCCACGACCCCGGAUGCGUGGUGCAGUGCAAUGUGUGCAAGCGGUGGUUCUGUAAUGGCCGAGGCAACACUUCCGGCAGCCACAUGGUGAACCACCUGGUGCGAGCCAAGCACAAGGAGGUGACCUUGCACCGGGACGGCCCCCUGGGGGAGACAGUGCUGGAGUGUUAUUCGUGCGCCUGCCGGAACGUGUUCGUGCUGGGCUUCAUCCCGGCCAAGGCGGACUCGGUGGUGGUGCUGCUCUGCCGGCACCCGUGUGCAGCCCAGUCCUCCCUCAAGGACAUGAACUGGGACCCCGACCAGUGGAAGCCACUCAUCCACGACCGCUGCUUCUUGCCCUGGCUAGUCAGGGCCCCCCACGAGCGGGACCAGCUAAGGGCACGUCAGGUCACCGCACAGCAGAUCUCUCGGCUCGAGGAGCUCUGGAAGGACAACGUAGAUGCAAGCUUCCAGGACCUGGAGAAACCCGGAGUGGACGAGGAACCUCAGCAGGUGUUGCUCAGGUACGAGGACGGCUACCAGUACCAGAACAUCUUUGGGCCUCUGGUGAAGAUGGAGGCAGACUACGACAAGAAGCUCAAGGAGUCGCAAACCCAGGACAACAUUGAGGUGCGCUGGGACAUUGGCCUCAACAAGAAGAUGAUCGCCUACUUCACGGUGGCCAAAUCAGACACUGAUAUGAGGCUGAUGCAUGGGGACGAGCUGAGACUGCGUUACCUUGGAGAACUCCACAAGCCCUGGUCUGGGGUUGGCCACGUCAUCAAGAUCCCAGACAACUACAGCGAAGAGGUGGGCAUUGAGAUGAAGACCAACCUCGGGGUUCCAUCAGAGUGCACAUCCAACUUCGUGGUCGACUUUGUCUGGAAGUCAACAUCCUUCGACAGGAUGCAGGCGGCCCUGCGCAAGUUUGCUGUGGACGAGUGCUCGGUGUCGGCCUACAUCUACCACAAGCUGCUGGGCCACGAGGUGGAGGAUGUGGUGAUGCGCUGCCAGCUGCCCAAGCACUUCUCAGCCCCCAAUCUUCCCGAGCUGAACCGCUCCCAGGUGUACGCCGUCAAGCACGCCCUGCAGAGGCCUCUAUCCCUCAUACAGGGUCCCCCAGGAACAGGCAAAACGGUGACCUCGGGCACGAUAGUGUACCACCUGGUGAAGCAGAGCAACGGUCCGGUGCUGGUGUGUGCCCCGAGCAACAUUGCCGUGGACCAGCUCACGGAGAAGAUCCACCAGACCAGCCUCAAGGUGGUGCGUCUUUGUGCCAAGAGUCGGGAGGCCAUCAACUCGCCUGUUUCUUUCCUGGCCCUGCAUAACCAAAUCCGCAACAUGGAAGGCCACUCCGAACUUCACAAGCUGCAGCAGCUCAAGGACGAGACGGGGGAGCUGUCGUCAGCAGAUGAGAAGCGCUACCGGAUGCUCAAGAAGGCCUGCGAGAGAGAGCUGCUCGAGGCGGCGGACGUGAUCUGUUGCACGUGCGUGGGGGCGGGAGACCCCCGGCUGGCCCGCUUCAAGUUCCACUCGAUCCUGAUCGACGAGAGCAUGCAGGCCACGGAGCCAGAGUGCAUGGUGCCCGUCGUGCUGGGAGCCAAGCAGCUGAUCCUGGUCGGGGACCACUGCCAGCUGGGCCCCGUGGUGAUGUGCAAGAAGGCAGCCCGGGCGGGCCUGUCGCAGUCCCUCUUCGAGCGCCUGGUGGUGCUCGGCAUCCGGCCCCUGAGGCUGGAGGUGCAAUACCGCAUGCACCCGCAGCUGUCCAAGUUCCCCUCAAACUUCUUCUACGAGGGGUCCCUGCAGAACGGAGUCUUUGCCGACGAGCGGCGGAUGAAGGGGGUGGACUUCCCCUGGCCGCAGCCGGACAAGCCGAUGCUGUUCUACGCCUGCCAAGGGCAAGAAGAGAUGGCGGGCAGCGGCACUUCUUACCUUAACAGGACGGAGGCGGCCCUGGUGGAGAAGAUUGCCACCCGGUUCCUGCGCAGCGCAGUGAAGCCCCAGCAGAUCGGCAUCAUCACCCCGUACGAGGGCCAGCGGGCGUACCUGGUCCAGCACAUGCAGUUCCAGGGGGCCCUGCACGCCAAGCUGUACCAAGAGAUCGAGGUGGCCAGUGUCGACGCUUUCCAGGGCCGGGAGAAGGACCUGAUUGUGAUGUCGUGCGUGCGCUCCAACGAGCACCAGGGCAUCGGCUUCCUGAACGACCCCCGGCGUCUGAAUGUGGCCCUGACCCGUGCCCGCUACGGAAUUAUCAUUGUGGGCAACCCCAAGGUGCUGUCCAAGCAGCCCUUGUGGAACCACCUCCUCAGCUUCUACAAGGAGAACCGGGUGCUGGUCGAGGGGCCCCUCAACAAUCUCAAGGAAAGCCUCAUCCAGUUCAGCAAGCCCCGCAAGCUCAUCAACACUGUCAACCCCGGCGGUCACUUCAUGAGCACGACAGUGUUUGACGCCCGGGAGGCAAUGAUCCCGGGCAGCGUGUACGACCGGUCGUCGCAGCUCAACGGCGUGGACCCCUCCGGCCUGACCUGGCGGGGCCCCGUGACCCCCCGGGGCGCCGGCCUGGGAGCCGCAUGGGCCCCCGUCAAGGAGAACUUCCCCGAGGGCUUCACGGGGCGCAGCCACGACCCCCUGGCCUUCAUCGGGCCCCCCGAUCGGGCCACCAACCCGGGGCUCCCCGUGCCCGUGGGUCUCUUCAUGAACAUGGCCCACGUGCCGCCACGCUUCUACAACCAGCACCAGCAGGCACUCCAGGCCCGACAGCGGGGCGGCAGCAAGAGUGCGGGUCGCCGUGGAGUGCCAAGCCGUCAGCCCGUGGGUGGCCGCAGGCCCGGCCAGCAGCUCUCCCAACCGGGCCUCAACAGUCAGGCCAGUCAGGGUCCCCUGACACAGCCGGGGCCCGGAGGGGGCGUGCUGUCCCAGGGGGGAGUGGCGCUGUCGCAGCUGUCGCAGGAAAGCUGCUUCCUCGGCGAGGAGCUGCGGUCCCAGGCGGAGGGCAUGCUGUCGCAGGACUCGACCUACCAGGGAGACCGGCACUGCUUCGGGGGCCCCGGGGCAGGGGGCCUGGCCCCCAUGGCCAACCCCCACUUCUCGCAGCCGUACUGAGCCCAGCAGGCCCCAGCAGGCGGACUGAGGCGUUGCCCUGGUGGCUGGGAUGCCAGAGGGUGCCAGGCAGGCGGCAGCAGGCGGCGGGGAGGGCAUCCCCGCCCUAGGGGUGCCGUGGGAAGCCCCCUAACGCCCACAGGGGACCAUCCGCUGGAACCGCCCCGGGGGGGGCAGCACGGCUGGGACAUCGGCCACACCGGCCAAAGGAAGGCGGCCCCACACACAGGGCCGCUGGGCUGGACGGCGCCACUUCGAGGGCAAUAAAACGGACUUUCCGCUGGCUCUCUCCUC